UGAAGCAGAGCGAGAUGCAACUGGAAAUUACACACAAAUGAUCAGGGAUAUUAUGUGGCAUGCUUUGACUUGACCUUCUUGUACAACGAAUGAAACGCCUUUAGGAAAGUUAUUGUUUCUGUUCAAGCGUUGGGAGCACUGAAGAUUCCGCGCACUGGAUCGAUUUAAACAGAGAAUAAGUAACCAUUCAUCCCAUGUGAGAUUGAACUUACACUUCAGCUAAAGUUCUGAUUCAUCUUAAUGAUAAAGCAUCAACUUAUGUUUAAUCGUCUAAAGAGGAGCUGACACUUGUCGGAUUCUGUGCUGUAUCUUUAGGCAAAUCUUGGGAUGCUGUAUUGUAUUAUAUGCAUGCCAUACUUUUUUUUUUUACUUGGAUCAAGGACCACGUAGUGUUCUCUAACGUUUGGCAAGCAGAUUUUUGCCACUCACCAAGGACAAGCAAAACCUAGUGACUGGAGUCACAAAAAAUGGUCCACUGUGCGGGAUGCGAGAGGCCUAUUCAGGACAGAUUUCUGCUCAGCGUCUUGGAUAGAGCCUGGCACGCUAAAUGCGUGCAAUGUUGUGACUGUAAAUGCAAUUUAACUGAUAGAUGCUUUUCAAGAGAAGGACGACUAUACUGCAAAAAGGACUUUUUCAGACGUUAUGGCACUAAAUGCGGAGGCUGCGCGCAGGGAAUCUCGCCCAGUGAUCUAGUGCGGAAAGCGCGGAGCAAAGUCUUUCACUUGAACUGUUUCACCUGCAUCAUGUGCAAUAAACAACUUUCCACCGGCGAAGAACUGUACAUUCUAGAUGAACAUCAGUUUGUCUGCAAGGAGGAUUACAUAAAUAACAGCAUAGGAAAAGACACAAACCUUGCGUCAAUUUCUACGUGCAGUGACCCGAGCUUAUCUCCAGAAUCUCAAGACCCACAGGACGAUUAUAAAGACUCUGAGACCGGACACAUGUCGGACAAGGAGGUCUGCAACAACGAAAACGACGAGCAGAGUCUGGGUGGCAAGCGUCGCGGGCCGCGCACUACGAUCAAAGCCAAGCAGCUGGAGACUCUGAAAGCUGCCUUCAGCGCGACCCCUAAACCUACCAGACACACACGAGAGCAGCUGGCGCAGGAGACAGGCCUUAAUAUGAGAGUCAUUCAGGUGUGGUUUCAGAAUCGGCGCUCUAAAGAGAGGCGCAUGAAGCAGCUGAGCGCGCUGGGCGCCAGGAGACACGUGUUCUUCCGCGGUCCGAGGAGAAUGAGAGCCCUGGGCGAUCGCCUGGAACCUGGAGAGCUCAUGGCCAACGGCCUUCUCUCUUUUUAUGGCGCCUAUCAAGGUGAAUACUAUGGCCCGGGGUCAAACUACGACUACUUCCCGCAAGGUCCACCAUGCUCCCAAGCCCUGACUCCAGGUGAUCUAGGAUUCAUGCCCUCCUCUGGGCCAGCUGGAACCCCUCUAGGGAGCAUGGAGCACCAUCACAGAGCACACCACCCCUCCAAUGAGACACAAUGCUACAGUGAGAUGAUAUCACAUCACCCAGGGGACUCGCCCAGCCCAGACCCCAGCGCACCCGCCUCAAACCACAGUAUCUCCACUGACACGUGUGACUCCACUCCACCCUUCACAUCCCUGAACUCUCUCAGUGGCAAUGGAUACAGCAAUCAGCUGUCCUCAGAGAUGAACGAGGUCACAGUUUGGUAGCAAACAACAGACUAAUCAGGACACAAAGAUAUGGAUAUGAACUGUUCAUGUGUGAUUUUAUAGCAGCAAUAUUUAUAUUGAGUUAAUUUAUUGACAUAAUUGGCUAUUUAUUUGUUCAUUUGUUUAGCUAUUUAUUUAAUGUAUUUAUCUAUUUAAG